CAAGAAGACAAUUGCCGGCAUUUAGCAUUUUGUUGAUUUUUUUAAUUCAACAGGGUACUGUCUCAUUAACAGGCAGUGUAGAUCAAUCAAACCUUCAGAAAUUCAAAAAAAAGAAUAAAGAAAACAAAAAAGGAAUAAAAAAAAACAAAAAAAGAAAAGAUACUUCCGUACAAAAAAGCAUUUACAUCCCUUCUGGCAUAUUGCUCUCACUAUUUCUAUGCCUAUAAGGAGAGGAUAGAGAUUUCUUGGUUCCAUUAUUUGAUAGUUUUUUGCUUACACUACCCAUAUCUUUGAUUCUUCUUCUCUUUGCCAUUUAUAGAAGUUCAUAGGGACAGUGGGAGUUAUAUAAUCAGGCAGGCAUGGCCAUCAAAGGGGAUGUAGAGAGUGAUUUGCAGGAGGGCAUAAGAGAGCCACUGAUGAGGGUAGAGAAGAACUUGGCUGAUGGAGAUGGAUCAGCUGAUGGAGGAAGCAGCAGAGGAGGGAAUCCAUGGAUGGUUUACCUCAGCACAUUUGUUGCAGUUUGUGGCUCUUAUGAAUUUGGAUGCUGUGCAGGUUAUUCGUCGCCUACUCAGUCUGCCAUCAGGGAAGAUCUCAGUUUAUCAUUAGCAGAGUAUUCAGUGUUUGGCUCCAUUUUGACGUUUGGUGCAAUGAUAGGUGCUAUCACAAUUGGUCCCAUCACUGAUCUUCUUGGUCGAAAAGGGGCAUUGAGAGUGUCGAGUGCUUUCUGUGUUGCAGGUUGGCUCGCUAUUUACUUUUCCAAGGAGGCUUGGUCUCUGGACAUUGGCAGACUGGCAAACGGAUACGGAAUGGGAGCCUUUUCAUACGUGGUGCCUGUUUUCAUAGCUGAAAUUGCUCCAAAAAAUCUUCGAGGAAGACUAACUGCUAUAAAUCAGUUAAUGAUCUGCUGUGGAGUGUCUGUUUCCUUCAUUAUUGGAGUACUAGUUAGUUGGAGGGCUUUAGCAUUAAUUGGACUUAUUCCCUGUGCUGUGAAUAUUUUCGGUCUCUUUUUCAUUCCUGAGUCUCCAAGAUGGCUGGCAAAGAAAGGACGCCAUAAAGAGUUCGAAGUUGCACUGCAGAAACUUCGUGGGAAAGAUGCUGACGUAUCUCAUGAAGCAGCAGAAAUCCAGGAUUAUAUAGAAACUCUUGACCGGCUUCCUAAAGCCAAAUUACUGGAUUUGUUUCAAAGGAGAUACUCACGCUCAGUCAUUAUUGGAGUUGGACUGAUGGUCUGUCAACAAUUUGGAGGAAUCAACGGCGUCUGUUUCUAUGUCAGCGAUAUUUUUGAUCAAGCAGGAUUUUCUUCCAGCAUUGGAACUAUAACCUAUGCUAUUCUUCAGGUUGUGGUUACUGGCAUUGGUGCAGCAGUAAUGGAUAAAGCUGGAAGAAAGCCUCUAAUUUUGGUUUCUGCAUCAGGGGUGGUACUUGGCUGUCUUUUGACUGCAGUUUCAUUCUUUCUGAAGGUUCAUGAACUGGCACUCACAGCAACUCCCAUACUUGCUGUAACCGGCAUACUGGUCUAUAUAGGAUCCUUUUCAAUAGGAAUGGGAGCAGUUCCUUGGGUUGUGAUGUCUGAGAUAUUCCCUAUAAAUAUUAAAGGGCAGGCUGGAAGCUUAGCAACGUUAGUGAACUGGUUUGGUGCAUGGUUGUGUUCCUACACUUUCAACUAUCUUAUGAGUUGGAGCUCCUAUGGUACCUUCAUUCUGUAUGCAGCAAUCAAUGCUCUGGCUAUAUUGUUUGUGAUUUUGAUGGUACCUGAAACAAAGGGGAGAACCCUGGAACAAAUCCAAGGAGCCAUUAACAAAUAGAGAAUUCAAGCAAUAAUUUUUCAUUUUAAAAAAGAAAAAAAAGAAAAAAAAAACAAGAGAGCAUUAUUUGUGGUAAUUCUCAUUGAAAAUUUUGACAGCUCAAUUCAGCAACUUGGUAGAUGGAAUCUUCGAAGAUGCUUCAAAACCACAAGAAUAUUGCACUGCUUUUCUUUUUUCUUUUUUUUUAAUAAAAAGAUAGUUUAAAUUAUUCGUACCUUUGUGUUUUAUUUGUUGCAAGGAAUGUAUUAAAAAUAUAUAUAUUUUUUUAGAAACAAAAAAAAGGGAAAAUAUUGUCGGGAACAAAAUUCGCCGGGAAAGGUAACAAAAGCUUAUAAAUCGGGACCUAGAAAGAAACACAUCUUAAAUCUUGUGUUUUGCUUGAACCCAUUUCUGAAAAGCCUUCGGACAAUGCUGAUUUCCAAUUGACACCACCUGGUCGUCUUCUAGAUAAGUAAAUGAAUUUGUCUGUAUCAAAAGGAAAUGAUGGACAAGGAGGCAUUGAUCAAGUCAAAACAUAUCUUAGAGAACCUGUAGGGGGAAGGCUUGCACUGAUAGGAAGCACUCCCAUCUGGAAAGCAGCUCUAACCGUUGCAAUGUUAAUAAUAGAAUCAACAUCUUCCUUUCAUUUUACUUCUUGUGGUGUGAUGUCCACAAGUUAUAAGAGCUGAUAGUUUACUUGUUUGUGAUUUUCAGGAAUGUUCAUUCUGUAUGCAGCAUUCUUUGUGGUAUUUCUCAUUGAAAACUUUGACAGCUCAAGCCUGCAACUUGUUAGAUGGAAUCCCGGUAGAUGCUUCAAAACCGCAAGAAUUUUGUAUUACUAUUUUUAGGAUGGUUAAAUUCAUUCAUGCCAUAAUUUAGGUGU